UUUAUUUUUGUAAAUGUUUCAAAACAGAAGAAAUUCAAAAAAUUCAAAUAAGAAUUUUUAUAAUACUCCUCAAAUAUGUUAUCCCGACAGUGUACGAAAUUAUCGUGUUUUGGAAGGACAAUGUUCUACAAAAAGAUACUUUUAAAUAGAAGUGCUACGUCUAUAUUAAAUCACACCAGAGACAUACGGCAUAGUUGCAGGAUUUUGGCAUCACAUAAAGAGGCGAAAGGUCCAGGUAAAGUGAGAGACGCAAAUAGCUUGCGAUUUUCAGCAGGCCCAAUACAAGACUCUACUAAAAACUCUACUGACCAUCGCAAUGUUCGAAAAAGUGACUUAUCCUCGGAGGACUUACUUGAGAAACUCAUGACCAGCUUGUCUACAGACAUUCAUCAAAAGAACAGAGUCUAUAAAAAUGAUUUAAUCAGAGUUGUAAAUAAGGUUAAAGAGUUGAAUCUGUCCUCUAAAAAACAAGGGUUGCUCUUAAUUAAAUGUUGUACUGAACUUCUGCCUGAUGAGACACCGAACGCCAGAGUGGCUUUAGUUGAACAAGUGUGGAAUACACUCAGAACCCAUACUGAAUUUGAUGUGGAUCAUUAUAAUGAAUUGCUGAAAGUUUACAUAGCAAAUGGUAGGACAAUUAAGGCUAAUGUGUAUCUUACUCAAAUGGGACCAGUGAAGCCUAAUUUAACUACCUAUGAAUUGGUCUUGAGAGUGCUUGGAGAGGCAGGUGAUCUGAACCAAUGCAUGGAAGUUAUAUCAAAUAUGAAGGCCCAAGGUUUACCAGCUACAGAGAAUGUGUUUGGAUCUUUGAUCAUUUGCCAAGGAAAAGCUGGGAAUCUUGACAAUAUAAAAGAAAUACUAACAAUGAUGAAGUCACUUCAAGUUGAAUGUACAGUGAACACAUACACUGCUAUAUCACGAGCCUUCGCAUGGAAUAAGAAGAUCAAUCUGCUUCUAGAAGGAUUAGCUAAGGCACAGAAGAAUGGUAUAAUAUUUGGAGAGUUCCACAUAAUGGAGAUGGUAAAAACGCUAGCAGCAAUUGGAGAUUAUGAACCAGUGCCAAAAGUGUUAAAAUAUUUACCUGAAGAGAUAUUAACCAAACCAUCAAUAACGCCAUACAUGCAGAGUGUGGCAACGCAACUAGUUUUCCAGAACCAUUCAAUGGUCGCUUUAGAGAUUUACAAAUGUCUGCCGUUGCCUUCGUUUGGACCAAAAGAUGAUACUGGGCUGCAUGGUAGGAGCUUGGUCCGUGACUGUGUUAAAGCUUCUGUGCCUUCCAGUGUAAUAGCACUAAUAACCCAAGAGCUGAUGGCAUCGGGUCGUAACACAAUCGCUUUGCAAAACGCAGCCGAGGCGACACUACAGUUGGGCAAGGUGCCUCUGGCCUUGGAUCUGUUCACGCGCAUGAAACAGCUAGGAAUGCCCGUACGACCGCACUACUUCUGGCCCAUUCUGUUGCAUACUUCUAAAACUUAUGGAGAGAAAGGUAUUAUGAACACCCUCUCUACAAUGGUCACGAUGGACAUAAAACCAGACUACGACACAAUAAUGGACUACACACUCCCUCACGUUAGUUUCUCGUCACCCCAGAACUUGAUGAAGAAGUUCCUCGAAACGGGCAUAGUUGUGAGCACUGUGCUCACACCAAUGAUGGUUACCCUACUAAAUUCAGGACAAGUUAGAGCGGCAAGUGAGAUUUGUGAACUGUUCCAAGGGAAAAUAGACGCUGAAGUAGUUAUACAGCCCUUAAUAAAAGGUUACCUCACAAGCAAUGACCUCAAAUCGACCGUCCACAUAUUGGAGGACAUGACUGCUAAAUCAUCUGACAAAAGCAAAGAUUGGAUCGGAAGAUUUCUAUGUGGUUUUAUGAGACAUAGCAGAAUAAAGGAGGAUUUAUCGGACUUGCUCAAUAUUGCUAACGCUCUACAAUCAACUUCGCUUAAAAUAUCAAUGGCAGCCGUAGACUAUUGUAUGUCAAAGGUCCCCCAACAUCACAACGAGGAUCUUGUACAGAGUCUCAAAGAUGCUUUAAUUAAUAUCACGGAUGAGAGAUUAAUCGACGAUGGAGAUAUGUUUGUUCAGCAGAUGCCGCAUCCUAAACAAAUGAACGAAGCCGCUCUCAAAGCCCACUUGGUAGAGCUAGAAGCGAAGGGCAUGAACACUCGCGGAGUUUUACGAAAAUUGCUUCAGGAGUAUUGCAAAGAUGGCAACCUGCCUGCCGCCAGGGAGAUCGUUGAAAAAUGCGAGAAAGAAGGCGUGCACUUAUCAGCCGGUAUGAAGGCAUCUAUAUUCGACUUGCACGUAAAGAUGGGAGAGAUAGAUUUAGCUGAAAUAGCUCUCGCGGAUUUGAACAAAACUUCACCGAACUUCACUUUAGAUGAGUUUAAAGUCAUAGACUUCGCCACUCUGAUGGUUUAUAGGAAACAAAUUGGAAAAGCCUUUGAUUUAAUUAAUGAACAGUCUAAGAGGAGACGGGUUUCAGGCGGUAGAGCGAUAUCCAUGAACUGCUGGCGACUGCUAGAUGCGCUCGCCGCCCAGGGUUCGCCCGCUGAUACCAAACGCAUGCUCGAAUUGCUGACUACCCUCCGAUAUUGUAAACCAUCCAACACGCUACUCGGUCCAUUAGUUCGAGCACAUUUGAAAAAUGGCAAUUUCGAAAACGCAGUACAAGAGUUCGUGCGUUUAGCGGAGAAGUAUAACAAGACUCCGCUAAAGCACGAGCUACUGUGCAAAGUGCUGAAAGCCAUGAGCGAAGGCAAAGACGAGGAAACGUUCAUAGUGAACGAGCGCACCAACGGGCGGCUCAACAAGCUGGUGCAGACCAUACUGAGCGUCGACAAGCGGGUGCACGGAGCGGGUGACGUACAUUUAACCCUCAUAGCAGCGUUAGCAGAUGUGGGUUACAAGAAGACACUGAGGAAACUUCUCCUAGACCCGACGGUCAAGUUCCACCCCGACGCGCUGAUGCGUCACUGCGAACGGUUCGCGGACGAGAAGAAAGUCGACGCUUUGGAAGCUAUCGCCGAAUGCGCCAAGAACUUGAGGCAAUUCAACGUUGAGGAGAUUUAUAACAUGAUUUUGGAAGUAUACCAACGCGACGACAACUGCCAGGAAGCUCUCUCCCUGUGGUACAAAAUGCAAGAAAACGAAAUAGCUCCGUCACAAAAGUUCGUACGCGACCUAUGCGCGGUGUGCAAGGCAAACAACAAGCAAGUACCCUCCGAUAUCGCCAUACUCCUCGACAAACAAACUAAAGCUGUAGCUAAGAAAGCGUCAUAGAAAUAAGACUGGAAAAUAUUUUACACAGAAAUAUUUGCGGUUAGGGUAUAAUUUCAUAUAUGUAUUCAGUGAAGACUGCUCUAAACACAAGCACAAUAGAUUUUUUUUCGCCCCGCUUAGAAAUAUAGCUCCUAAAUAGCGGAAAAUUUGUAAUUAGUCCCUAAAAGCUAAAUGAUUAUUUUCCAAAUUUCCCAUUUUGAAUUGACUUCCUUAAUAGUUAUUAUUUAAAGUAAUUUUAUUGAAAGGUAUGUUUUAUUGUGUGUGUGGAUUGUAUGCGUAAUUUUUCAAGUGGUAUCAAUAUUGUAAAAAUGUUAGAUGCAAAUUGUUAAUGAUAUCUGUGAUAUUAUUUAUUAAUACACGUUUGUUAAAUUAGU